AUGAAGUUGAUUGCUCUCGUUUGUUUGCUAUGGAGUUCGUUUUCGCUUGCUGCAAUUGUGGGCAUCGAUCUCGGCCACCAGUUUACGAAAGCCAUUAUGGUGGCGCCAGGUUUGUCCUUUGAGAUUGUCGUUACUGACGAAGGUAAGAGAAAAGACUUGAAUGCCAUUUCUUUGAGGCCUCAUGUCGAGAAGGGUGACUUGCUUGACGCAGACAGAGUGUUUGGUUCCAAGAUUGGUUCCCUCUGUUCGAGAUUCCCUGAAUCCUGUGCCGCCAACAUCAAGGCCCUCUUGGGUAAACAAAUCGACGACCAUACUGUAAAGGAGUACAUUGAACGCCACCAUGGUGUUAGCUUGGCUUCCGAUAAACUGAGAAACAACAGUGUCAGCUUGAAGUUGGGUAACUCUAACAACCAGUUUGAGUUUCCAGUGGAGGAGCUCAUGGCCAUGACUUUGAAUGAAUUGAAGGACAGAGUGCUUGGAGAGUUGAAAAACCACCCACAGGCAAAGAGCAUUGCAGAGGACGUAGCAAUUUCAAUUGCUCCAUACGCCUCUCAAGCUGUCAGAAACGCUUACUUGGACGCUGUCCACUUGGCUAACUACUCCACUGUCUUGGGUCUUGUCGACGAAGGCACUGCCGUGGCUAGAGGCUACGUUGCAAGCAGAAAGUUGCAUGACGAGGAUGUUUACGGCGAGACCGUUUACCAUAUAAUCUACGACUCUGGUGCUGGUUCUACCACAGCUACUUUGUUCUCCUACACUCCAUUCGAAAACCAUACCGUCGUCUUGGACAUUCAAAGCGUUGGCCACGAUGAUUCCUUUGGCGGUGAAUUGUUGACCCAGUCUGUCUACGACCUUUUGUUCCAGCGUUACUUGGAAGAGUUCAAGUUGCCAAAGAAGCACACCUUGCCCCCAAGAUUGGCUUCCAGACUUGUUGAGGCUGCUGAAAAGGCCAAGAUUAUUUUGUCUGCAAACACUGAGUACAAGGUUAGUUUGGAAAACUUCCCCGAUGACAAGGACUUCAAGACUGUGAUCACAAGGGACGAGUUCGAAGAGGCUACUGCUGAAAUCAGAAAGAAGAUUGCUGACCCAAUCAACGAAGCAUUGAAGAACAGCCCAUCUGGACCAAAGACAGUUGAGGAUAUCAAGUCUGUCAUUUUGAACGGUGGCUCCACCAGAGUGCCAUUUGUCCAGAAAGAGUUGGUAAGCUUGUUAGGUUCUGAAGAAAAGCUCGCCAAGACUGUGAACGCUGACGAGGCAUGCGCUUUGGGUACCACCAUUAGAGGUUACGAAUUGAAAAUGAUCACGUCUAACCCUUACAAUGUCGAAUUCACAGACAGAAUUUUCAGUGACUUUGAUGUAUCUGUUGAUGGAGCUGCCCAAGAAUCCCUUUUCCCAAGAGGUUCACCAGCAUCCAGCGCCGUUACCAAGUCUUUGGGACCGGUCAGCAAGAAGGCCAAGAGCAUUGGUUUGCUCGAGAACGGUGCUCUUUACAAGACUUACUCCAUUGAGAAUACCCAAAGCAAAGCCAAGAACCUCAAUUGUAAGGCACCAGAAGUCUUUGGUAAGUUUGAGAUCGACCAAAACAAGAUUAUCUCUUUGGCUGGCCUCACUGUCGAAUGUCCUGAGGCAGAGCCAGAAUCUACUGAAGAAACCUCUUCUGCCGCCAACGAAACUACCACCAAAAAAGCUAAAACUCCUGCCAAGGUAAACUUGGUUGUUCCUGAGGCCAAGUUUACUAGCUUGAAUCCGCUUUCGAAGGCUGGUCAUAAAACCAGCGCUACCAGAUUGGCACACUUGAAGCAAAAGGAUUACGAAAAGAUUCAGUUAGCUGAGACCAAGAACUUGGCUGAGAGUGUCUGUUACGAGUUGCGCUCUUACGUGGAAGAUCAUAACGAUGAUCUUCGUAGUGAGUUUGGCGUUGAUAAAUUGGAGUCCAUUGAGGCUACAAUUUCCGAAAUUCUUGAAUGGUUGGACUACGAGAGUGACCUGGCAACAUUGGAGCAACUCAAGGAAAAACAUGAGAUCGUGGCUGGCUACAAGAAGGAAGCUGAAAGCGUUAUUACUAUGAGCACUGCCGACUUGUCUUUGGGUGCUCUCAAGAAAUUGCAUGAAGAAGGUAUUGAAAUCUCUUCCAUGGUGCAGAAGUAUUUGUUAGAGUAUGGAAGCCAGAUCAGAGAAGUCAGAAGCAGAUUUGAGGCCGCAGGUGUGGAAUUCGACCCUGUGAACGACAAGAUCAUGAAGAAGCUUUAUGGUACCGGUACCAGUGAGGGAACUAAAUUGGAUGCUCACUACAAGGAGUUCAAGGAAGCCUUGAAGGUUCUUUCCAACACAUUGGGCUUGUCAACGAGCGCUUUCAACAAGAGAAACAAGAAGGAGAUCUUUGAGGAGUCAGAGCAUGUGAAGAGCCUUAUUAUGCAAAUGAUUGAGGAUGUCUUGCCACUUCAGCUGAAUCACGAGAAGAGAUUGGAGUACUUGUUGACCAAGCUUGAUAACGUCAAGAAGCAGCGUGAGCAAAAGGAAGCCAAGAAGAAGGCUAAGGAAGCAGAAAAAUCUGCUACACCUGACGAAAGCUCUGAAACGGAAGCAGUUGAGGCCGACCCAGUGGAACAGGCUGACCCUGUCGAACCCGUUGAACCUGUUGAACCAGUUGAGCCCGUGGAAGCUGAUGAGGCCGAAGAGAAACCUGUCCACGACGAGUUGUAA